AUGAUUAAUGCAAAACUUGUCAUGUGUGGAUUGUGUCACAGUUACUAUGCUGAUCCUCGACAGAUCCCUUGUUCACAUUCGUUUUGUUUUGAUUGUAUAUGCGGUCGAUUUAAUGAGGAAACCUUAACAUUAACCUGUCCCAAAUGUGAAAAACUUCAUCAGUACAGUUCAUUCGACGAAUUUCAAAACCGUUGCAUGCGCGAUGGAUUUCUUGCAUCGAUGGUCACUCAAUUCAAAAAAGAUCAAAGUCGCUUAUCCGGACUUGCAUCUCGUCCAUCGUCAACAAUCUCGCACAAUCCGCUGACAGUACCAUCAACACCUGUGCCAUUGACAUCCAAACAAGAACUUCACCCGUUAAAUCAUUCGGUCUCACAAUGUUCGACGCCAUCGAUUACUUCACAACCGGCCACACGAGCACUCAUAGCUAAAUGUCAAUCGUGUAACAUUCGAGGAGAAUUGAUUGUUUGUAGUCAUUGUGACAAUGUUAUUUGCAUAAAAUGCUCCAGUGAACACCGUACUGUUAUUAACGACGAUGUUAAACGUGAAUGGGAUGCGUGUAAAGCUCGAUUUGAAACGAUUAAUGAAAAAUCAAUACGAUUUGAUAAUGAAGCAAUAGAAAUGUACAAUAAAGCACGAAAUUUGCAGACUCUCAUUAGUAAACAAAGUGAUCAACUGAUAAAAACAGUCGAAACUCAAAAGAAUUAUCACAUGGACACCAUUGAAAAACAUCGACAAACAUAUAAACAAUCUUUUAUUCAUGAACAAGUCGUUGACGAAUACGAAUCGAUUGAUAAACGAGUCGGUGAAUUAUUUCAAUCGUCUGAUAUUGAUGCUGACAAGGUGAAUGACUUCCUAUUCGAAAUCGAACAUCUUGAAGAUCGAUUGAAUAAUCUCAAUAAUCUCCUUGAUCGUAAUGAAUUGAAAUUUCCAUUUCUCAGUCUACCCGAGCAAAUCGACAUAUCUUCACUUUUUGGUUCACUUGAGUUCACUGAUGUACAUACUGAUUCUCCAUCAUCUCAAUUGACGGACAGUCAUCGCAACUCUCAAUGUAAAUCUGAAGAUGACGAAUUCGAUGUUAUCAAUUCAUCAAAUCUACCUGAAAACAAAAUAAAAUACGAGCAGUUAUCGUCGAGUCCUCAUUUACAAAAGAAAAAACUCUUUUGGCAAAUCGAAUAUUUCUCCGUACCGUAUUACGUUCGAAUUUUGGGAAAUCAAAUAUUCGUCUGUGAUAAAUAUGGUUCCUUAGCAAUCUACAGACUACAUAAAUCAAAUGAUAUUCGACAAAAACCAAGUUUACAGCGGGAAAUCAAAUUAUUCAAAGAUAAUCCAGGUCCAACCGCGAACGAUGAAGAUCAAACAAUAAUCGACUCAUUCGUGGUUUAUAAAUCAUGGAUCAUUGUCUUCAAACGUAAAAAGAAUGAAUUGCAUGGUACAAUCUAUUGGUUUACGUUCGAUGGGAAAUUGAUUUCCAAUGGUAAAUGUGUGCAUAAUCAUCCUUCACGUGAAUUAACUGUUGAUAUUGGCAAAAACAUUCUUUGGUCGUUGGACCAAAAGCAAUUAGCAUUAUUUUAUUAUAAUUUGCCCGAACUGAAAUCAUUAAAUCCCGAAGAAUGUCUUCAAACCCGUCAUUCACAUGUGCAAUUUUCUAAACCAUUUGCACCGAUACAUAUAUCUGUCAAUCAAAAUGCCUUAGCUGUCUUAGAUAAAAAUCGACAAGCUAUUCACGUUUAUGACAAACGAACCAAACAGGAAAUUUAUGAAUAUGUGAAUGUUCACAAUGAAUCAACGCAUUUUUGUUGGGAUAUGGCGUUAUUUUCCGAUAAUAGCUUACUUAUUAAACUCGAUGAGAUGAGUACAUUGAAAAGCGGACCAUCGAAACAUGUUUAUUACCAACUUGAUGCCAGUCCACAGCAUAAUAUUAUCGGAUUGAUCGAAGAACUCGAUGCAUAUGGAAUGAUGAUAACUCCGACUGACGAAAUUCUCAUUGGUAUACGAGUAAAUACCAAAGGCAUUGUCAAAUGUUAUGUUUAA